UCAUGGCACCUCUUUCUUUCUCUGUGUCACUGGUCUUCUUCAACACCCAUUCACUGUCAGUUAGACACUGCGUCACUGAGGGAGGAAGUAAGACCUUCUGCCUUCCUACUGCCAGUGACAGACUUUAAAAUCAACAGUCACAAAGAGCGCAGAGUACAACUAUCUUAAUUGAGGAUUAUUCUUCGGAGCAUCUUUACAGAGUAUAUUAAAGUGUGUUUGAUAACCUUACAGAAUUGACCAACACUGUGGAAGAUGUCGUGCCUGAAGUGUCUGAAGUACACCAUGUGUCUGGUGAACUUCAUUUUUUUUAUCUGUGGAGCUGCUGUCUUUGGAAUAGGCAUUUACUUGAUGACAUCCACCAGGUUCUCUUCCCUACUUCCCAGCCUUCAGGCUCUAAACAUAGCAAACGCUCUUUUCAUCAUUGGGAUCAUUAUCACCUGUGUCUCCUUCCUGGGCUUUCUUGGAGCUCUAAAAGAAAAUCGCUGUCUACUAAUAUCUUUCUUCAUACUGUUGUUCAUUCUAAUGUUGGCCGAACUGGCUGCUGCCUGCACUAUGCUCAUGUACGAGACACAGAUUGGGGAAUUCAUUGAUAAAGAUCUUCGGCAAGGUAUAAAAAAAUCCAUAGACAGCAGAAAAAACAACAUUACAGCUAAAGAUGACUGGGACACGGUGCAAAUGACAUUUCAGUGCUGUGGAAUCCAAAACUCUACGGAUUGGAAUAACAAUGUUCCAAAGUCAUGCGAGAUGCCUGGAAAUGGAACACACUGGGCUGAAGGUUGUUUCAGCAAGCUCAAGACCGCAUUUGAUGACAACCUCUUGAACACGGGGAUUGGCGUCAUUGUUGUCUGCAUUAUUGAGGUCUUGGGUAUGUGUUUCUCCAUGACCCUGUUCUGCCACAUAAGUCGUUCCGGGUUAGGAUACAAAUGAUCAAACACGUUUCCAUAGGAGAUCUUCCACAGUUUGUGUUCUUAAUAAUCACUGUCCUACAAAUGCCCCAAGACAGCCUGUAAAAGACAAAAUGGCUAGCAGUUCUUGUACAGAUGCUUGGUUUUAUGGUAUGUGCACAACAAGAAACAGUGACACAAAUCCAUAAUCAUUUCAACUGCAGUAUUAUUAUGAUUAUUUUUACUUUAACAUUUAGUAGAGCAGUUAAAUCAUAUAGACCAUAACUGGUUCUUAAAAACGGAAAAAAAAAAAAAACCCUCAGUAGUAUUAUUUUUACUUUAGCCAUCACAGCUUAAAUGGAAACUUCCUAGGGGGGGUUAAAUAUUGAAUUCACCCACUUGCAUUUAAAUGUCAACUCAGAAUGAAGGUGUAAGGGAGCUUUCCAUAAUGAAUCAUCUUUACACAAAGAUAUAACUCCAUAUUACACUGUAUAUAAGUACUGUUUCUCUUAUCUCAUAACAAACAUUAAUGUUGAGUUUGACCUAGUAUGUUCCUGUAAUUAACUAGUUACAUAGACUAUAAUUGUUUUUGUGUACUGAACAAUGCAAAGCAUUUAUUUCUGAUCACUUCCUUUUCAGACAUAGCAAUGACUAAACCAUGUGAUUUCCUAGAAUAUACACAGGGUGGAAACCACACAUGCUCUUGCUUACUUAUUUAACAAUUAUACCUGUUGUGAUGCUGAUUUACAGCAUAAUUUAUUUUCUUUACUUUUCUCUAUAGAUUAAUGUAAAUUAAAUAAAACAGAAUGAAAAUG